AAAAAACAGAGGAAAAUGGCUGCCUUUCUCGUUUAAACCUCUGUCCUAGAAGAAUAAAUAAAUAUGAAAUACCCGGCGCAUAAUGUCAUCCAGGAUCAAGUUAAUAUCCAUGGAAUAUAAGGCGUAGAAUACAUGCGUUUUUAGGAUGUUAUGGCGGUCAAGAAUGGAAAAUAUGUUUCAUAUUUAACCCUUUGCAUUCUAUGAUCCGCCUACAAAUGAGAAAAUGAUGCACCAAGUCACUAGCAGCAGCAAUGACUAUUGCAUGAGUGGCCUUGCAGAGGAAUGUCAACACCCAACCAGCCACUUUGACUUAUGUAGCUCGCAAUCCAACAAAUUCUACCCUUCGCCCCCACCCCCUACUCUACAGCUGCCCCACCCAAACCUGCACAAGCCCAUGCCCUGUCAAAUGCAACAAGAGACCCAGAAUGAGUUCCACCCUCAGGCAGUGAGGAUCCGAGGGCCCGGUGAGGCUCCAACUGGGCCAGAGAGCUCCAAGAAAAAGAAAGGAAGUGUCGUCAAGUCCGGCCGUAGAGGGAGACCCUCGGGGACCACUAAGUCAGCCGGUUACCGGACAAGCACCGGACGUCCGUUGGGGACCACGAAAGCUGCGGGGUUCAAGACCAGUCCCGGCAGGCCCUUGGGUACGACCAAAGCGGCGGGCUACAAGGUUAGCCCUGGCAGGCCUCCUGGUAGCAUCAAGACUCUGGCUCGGCUCAAGAAACUGGAGUACGGGAGCUGUGAUGGUACCAAGAAACUAGGCUUCAGUAACUGCGUCGGCGGAGCAAAGAAACUGGACUAUGCCAGCUUCGAAGUGGCACCUUUCCCUUACACCCUGAUGCAGAAACGAGGCUUGCGUGAGCCUACUGGCAAAGUGGAGGAAACUAACGAGUAGUUCUGCCUUCGUCUCGUAUCUAUUGCCUGGAAAUCAUAUUUGAGUGCUUGUCCUAAAGGAUGUUGAUGACCAGAAGGGACUCAUGUAGCCAAAAUUUUUGUUGACUUUUGGAUAUGUCUGGCACUGGUUAUUAACGAAUGGCUCCUCCUCUCUUAAUUGUACUCUGCUGAUAUUGUCACCAUUUAAUCUGUCUCUAUCCAAAGACUAAAAUCGCUCUCUUUAUUUCAAUAAGUUUGUUAUCUUAUUUUACCGAAAUUGCAUGAUAAGGCAUAUAAUAAAUACAGUCAAUAUACUUUAGCUAAACAGGAAUGAGAGAAAUAGCCUACUAUUCAUCAUAAUCUGGUCAAAUGCUCGCUGUCUGGAGAAGGGUUGAUGUGUUGUUUAAAUGUUUUAAUAUCUGACUUUCAUUCAUCUGUUUAUUUUAUGCUCUGAUAUAAUGUGCUUUUAUCAUUAGUAGUUUGCUUGUCCUCCUGAUGUUUUCCACAUUGAAAAUGCAUCUGAGUAGAAAACAACACAAAACACACUAGUAAAACAUGAAUCUUAGUAGGAAACAACACAAAACACACUAGCAAAACAUGAAUCUUAGUAGGAAACGACACAAAACACACUAGCAAAACAUGAAUCUUAGUAGGAAACGACACAAAACACACUAGCAAAACAUGAAUCUUAGUAGGAAACAACACAACACACUAGCAAAACAUGAAUCUGAGUAGAAAACAACACAAAACACACUAGCAAAACAUGAAUCUUAGUAGGAAACAACACAAAACACACUAGCAAAACAUGAAUCUUAGUAGGAAACAACACAAAACACACUAGCAUAACAUGAAUCUUAGUAGGAAACAACACAAAACACACUAGCAAAACAUGAAUCUUAGUAGGAAACAACACAAAACACACUAGCAAAACAUGAAUCUUAGUAGAAAACAACACAAAACACACUAGCAAAACAUGAAUCUUAAGCUUCUCCCAGAGUGCAUUUGGCAGUGUUUGUGUCUUUUUGUGUUGUAUGGUAUGACAUAUUUUUUAUUUGUAUUUAUACAUAGCAUAUUUAUACACAGGAUUUCAUGCAAUAUAACAUUGUUACAACA